UUCAGAAAUGUUCCGAAAUGUUGUCUCUGUAUCGUGUAGGCUACAACCGUGUCGGGUCAGCCUAGCACCUGAUGUCCAAGUUAGAUGGCGCUGGCAUAAAGAUAAAUUGGAAAAUAGAACCCUGCAUAGAUGGGGAUAUAAUGACAACGUUAAACAGCAAGGUCCUCUACCCAGACUUAAGAAUGAUUCAGACAGAAUAUCCCAGGUUCCUGUCUACACACCUAAACUAUCGUGGGCAGAACACCGGGCCUUGGCCGGUCAGAAUGAUUAUAUUGAUAUUCUUGGCAAUGAGGAGAUUCAUCCUAGAGAUAUCCUGUAUAAUGUACCAAAGUAUUUAAGAGAUUCGCAUAAAGAAGAAAAACACGUACAGAUGGCGAUCCGACGUAAACAAUUCUUAGAGAAUACUCCUUUUCCUAAACAGUAUCCCAGGAAAUGGGAGAACUGGUGUAAACAGAUUGAUCGAGAUCUGAAAUGGAUGAAUAAUCACGUGAGCCAGAAGUGGUGGGCUAACUACCAAGGAGUUAAGACUGGUCCAGUUCAGAACCCGUUCAAGCCACAGAUUUUCUAGAUUUUCAUGCUUUCUUUCUUUCUAGAUAUUUUACAAAUCAUAAACAAAAUUUCAGA